GUGACAAGAUGACAAAAUUGGAGUCGCGAAUGUCAGCUACCCGGCCGAAAAAUAAGGUGGCAGGCGACAAAACACAAUCGCAAACAAGCUCAGGUGCUAUGGCGACUCAAGACUCAAUCGACAUGGGUACCUCUGCUACUUUGGAAGAACCCGAAAAUCAGGUGGACUUCCGCGGCGGGAGAGAUGCAAAGGAGUUGUCGGAUGUUGAGACCAUUGUUAUGAUCCGAAGGUGUGCGCAAUUGCACGCUGCCAUUGUGUCGCGGCUGUGGAGUUCGCAGUCGGUGAUGCACGAAGUGUAUUUACUGAUAAGUCUUCUCACGUGCCACACGGCCCACAGUGCUACACACAGUACUACGUACACGGCUUUCCCCUCCGCUGCAGUGCAUACUCCCACCACAACUACUGCAGGCGACCCACGCUGGACAGACGAGACACCCUCUGUCCAGACCAGUGAUACCCGUGGUACCAACAACACCAGCGCAGAUGCUUCGGCAAUGGGUGGUGGGCUGCUGUGUGCGUUCCACAGCUUGUCGACUGUGUGCUAUUUUGCGACUGAAGUGCUGGCGCAUCUGAAGUGUUUUGUGGCGCUGAUGGACAGUCGCUCUAUCGACCUGCUGCAGGACAAUGUACGGUUGGGGUUCUGGAAUCCGCAUCUGCAGAUUUUCUUGGCCACAAAACUAUCCCAAAUACGCACACGUCGAAUGAGAGACGACAGCGACCGACAGAGUACCAAACGCUUCAAACCAAAGAACAAGCUCAUGAACAUCACCAUGUCAUACCACAACGACGAUGACAGGAGUGGCAGUGGCGGUCGAAUAGAACCGCCAGCCAUUGUGCACAACCGCGAGAGCUGCAGAGACGCAUUCCAGAACAUCGUCCGCGAAAGGAUCACGGCAUCCACCGCAUAUGGACUCCUUAGCAACGCACACGUCCCUAGCAACGCACACUCACAAGCGAGAGCGAAGGAACCCUUAGACAAGCGGAUAAGGAAGCUUAUGCACGACUUGCAUGUGGAUAAUGUGCAGUGGUUUGCGGGGCUGUUUGUGCGUCAGUUGUUACGUAUUGCCGUCACACCGCCGGACGAGGAGGACGUCAGUACAUUAGCCGACAGCAAGGAGUCCCCACUGACUAAAUUGCGCAAAGAAGACUACACAAAGUUUAAUCAGUUGUCCAAACGACUGACAACAAACAACACGACAACCGCACCAAGACACACACCGAAAGACAAACGGACACAGCCACCCACGCACAACACGCCCAACGGCACGAAACAAGCAGCCCGCAUGACCAAGCAACAAUUGGGCGAUACCAAACAAGCAGCGCAUAUAACCAAACAGCUAUUGGAGGAUGCUGAACAAUCAGCGCAAAUCUCUAAACAACCAUUGGCCGACGCUAAAGGCCGUGUGCACAAUGGCACACGCAUGCGUGAUGCUGCAAAGUCCGACGGUUCACAUGACAGUGAUUCCACUCCAUCAGACGGACAGACAUCGUCUGCACCCGACAGCCUGCACGACGUCACGCAGUAUGUGAUAUGA